AUGGCCUCAAAUUAUGAGGCUGGAGUAACGGCGAUUCCGCAGGCACCACCAGCUCCACCACCACCACCACCACCACCACCACCACCGCCACCACCACCACCUUCGUCCACCACCAUCACUACUACCAACAGUACCAACGGCAACCUGACAGCAAUGGGAACAGUCAGUUUUAUUGCUCAUUUUAUGCUGUUCUUCUUGUUGUACAUUUCUGCUUGCUUUUUUUGUCUCAUUAGCUCUUGGUUUAUGUUUUUGGCUGGCCUUUAUGGCUGA